UGAUGAUUAGCUUCAACUGCCUUUUUUUUCUCAAUGACUGAACAAAUACUCAGCUCCAUCCCUCACCAGACCCCUUUUGCUUCUCCUCUCUCAAGAUUAGUAAGCUAUUGUUGACGUUUAAGAAAGCUGGAGAUGUCUCAAGAAGGUGGAAUCAUUAAUGAGCCGGUUGUUAUUGGAGAGGAAAAAAGUUCUGUGAGAUUGUCUACUCUAAACCGCCCUCGUCAGCUGAAUGUCAUCUCUCCGGAAGUGGUCCUCAAGCUUGCAGAAUACCUCGAACUGUGGGAGAAAGAUGACCAAGCAAAGCUUAUAUUGAUCAAGGGUGCAGGUAGAGCUUUCUCGGCCGGUGGUGAUCUUAAGAUGUUUUAUCACGGCCGGGAUUCAAAGGAUUCUUGCCUUGAGGUUGUUUACCGGAUGUACUGGCUUUGCUAUCAUAUCCACACAUACAAGAAGACACAGGUUUCUCUUGUUGAUGGAAUUUCGAUGGGUGGAGGUGCAUCCUUGAUGGUCCCAAUGAAGUUUUCAGUUGUGACAGAGAAAACAGUAUUCUCAACUCCAGAAGCAAGUAUCGGGUUUCACACUGAUUGUGGGUUCUCCUACAUUCAUUCACGUCUUCCUGGUUAUUUAGGUGAGUUCUUGGCUUUAACUGGGGCAAGAUUAAAUGGCAAAGAACUUGUAGCAAUUGGAAUGGCAACACAUUUUGUACCUUCAGUUAAAUUGGCGGAUCUGGAGGCACAGCUUGUGAGGUUAGACUCAGGAGACGUGAACGUAGUCCGAUCCACAAUUGAAGAGUUCUCUGAGAAAGUCAACCUCGACAAAGACAGCAUCCUUAACAAGCAGUCAGUAAUUAAUGUGUGUUUCUCAAAAGAAAGUGUGAAGCAGAUCAUAGAAGCAUUUGAAGCUGAAGCAAGCAAAGAGGGAAAUGAGUGGAUAACUCCAGUCAUCAAAGGUUUAAAACGAUCGUCACCCACAGGGUUGAAGAUAACCCUACUAUCGAUCCGUGAAGGUAGAAAUCAAACGCUUAGUGAAUGCCUGAAGAAAGAGUUUCGUCUCACCGUGAAUACCUUAAGGAAAACCAUAUCCCCUGAUAUGUAUGAGGGUAUAAGGGCUCUGACCAUAGACAAAGACAAUUCUCCUAAGUGGAAUCCAGCGACACUAGAUGAGGUAGAUGAUGAGAAUAUCAAUUUGAUGUUUAAACCCUUGGAGGAUGAUAUUGAGCUUUGUAUCCCUGAAACAGAAGAAAAUAGGUGGGGAGGCAAAUACGAGACUUCAGGCUAUGCAUCACUGAUACAGUAUAAAAGAGAAAAGAACUGAGCGUAUGUUCAAACUUCAAAUUAUAAAACUCUAUCCCAGAAACUAAAACUUUAUUUGUGUUGUAUUAUUGCAAAAUAAUGUGUUGCUUGCGACGAUAAAAUAAUGUUUACAUAUGUAAAACAUGAGUCUCCUUGAUCUAAUCAGAGAGCAGGUGUUUUUACCAAUAA